GAGUUGCGACGACGAACCAGUGUGGUCACGUAAGCCCACCAUACCGCAUGGUGGAUACAUGUUUCCUUUAACUAGACGUCGUCUAAAAUGCUAUAAUUGUGUAUUGUUGUUAUUUUGCAAGGGACACAACGAACUUGUGGAACAGCCACUUCCAGCCUUGCAUACGAGUGCUGGCACAUACCUGGUUUUGUUUAAAUAUUAUUGGAACACAAUUGAAUCAUAAUCCGAAUAAUCCAAAAAAAAAUUGGAGCUUUUAAUAUUUGCUCCUUAUCACUAAAGCACUGUUAAAAAUGAAGUGGUCACCCGGUGCUCUAUUCUGCGAACAAGUUGGUGAAUUGACUCGAGUUUUCUCACAAUGGAAUGAAUGCGAGCAAACUGUAGUUUUAUAUGCACUACUUCGUCGCAUUCCUGCAGUUCAAGCAAGGUUUCUUGCACAAGCAGUGCAGCAUUCCUUGCACUCUGUUUCUGAAUUAGACUCACAGGAACUAAAUGCUAAUAAUCCAGCAUUUAUUAACUCAUUGCUAUCAGAAUCAACAGAAAUUGCUAUAAAUCAACUUUUAACACAUUUGCCAUUAUUAAGGCCUGGGAAUAUAGAGUGCAAACAAUGUUACUUAGUAGCAAUACCAGAAUUAGUAAGCCAUUGUGUAACUACAGGGCAAUUUACCGAACAAACUCAACAACUGUUAAGUUAUUGUUUGAUUCAUCCAGCUAUAACUAGUCAAGAUAGACGUUCUUUGACUCAGUGGCUUCGACAUCUUGAAGAACGUAUUAGUGGUACACCACCAAUACACAGUCUCGAGGAGUACACUAGUACUACUAUUAGAUGGGAUAAUGCAUGGCAGCGAAAUUCUAAACAGCAAAGUGAACAGACAAGUUUAUUUGGCACACAAUCAGGCACUGCCUUCAAUUUGCAAUUUCCUCCACCUGUAACUCGUCAACGACGAUCGAACAGUUUAACACCACCCGUUGCUCCAUCUCAUCAUCUAGAAGUUGUUGAUCGCAGUAACAAUAUAAAUUGCACAACUAAACAUAAGCCACGAAGCUUCAGCGUAUCUGGGGAUCAUACAAGCAAUCUUAUUGGAUUAGGCCCACUGAGUCCUCAAAGUUCUUGCGCUAGUAGCGGCAGCGAAGGGCGUUUAGAUGAAACAUCUACUCGAUCGCUUGCUAGCGGUAUGAGAGAUGUCCCAUCAUGGCUUAAAACUUUACGCCUUCAUAAAUAUAGUUAUCUGUUUGUUACUCUCAGUUACGAAGAAAUGCUUCAGUUAACUGAGGAACAAUUAGCAGAACAAGGCGUGACGAAAGGGGCCCGACAUAAAUUAGCCCUUUCUAUCGCAAAAUUGCAACAACGCUAUACAACACUUCUAAAUUUAGAGAAAGACUUAUUACAACCAACGCGCGAUAAUACACAAUCGGCUUCGUUUUUACAAGGUCCGACAGUAUUGAUUAAUACGAUCGAUGAAUUAAAAAUUAUCUUAGCUACUCCCAUGAAACCCAGCCAAGAAAAUGAUCUUCAGGAUAUACCUGCACAAUUCACCAAGGUUCUUGGAAAACUGUGUAGCCGGUUGGCACUGGAUAGCGUGGAUGACGGUAUUUUAUGCGCUUGUAUUAACAUAUUAGAGAAAGUAUUGCAGCAUGAUUGCUUUACUCCAAAUCAAAAGGAGAAGGUACAACAAUGGCGCAGUAGACUUGGAAAUCCACGACCGACUCCAAAAUGGCAACAUAAUUAUGGCUACAAUAAUAGAAGGUACUGUAACCCCCAGCAGCACAAUAGAAAACCAAGUUUAAACUUAGGACACGUCCAUAAUACACAUCCGCAAAACAAUUCUUUUGUGGUUAGCACUCACAGAAACAGUAUAUCUACACCAUAUUUACAAAAUAAUCAGAACCAAAGCGUAAAUCAGAAUACUUUACGUCCAGUCCAUGCGACCAAAAAGCGACCUAGUUUACAAGAAUCUAGUUUACAGCAGUUACAAAGAACGUUACAACGCACAUACAGUGCACCGAGGGAUCAUUUUCUUAGCCCGAGUAGCAACAACGCAUCCGAAACAACGGAGCCAGAAAUCAACUCUCGUCUCGAAUCUCUUUGUUUAAGAAUGACGGAACAAGCAAUCGGUGGUUUCGGUGAGGCCUAAUCAAUUCUUUGUUUUUUUCCUUGACUGGAUCUACACAAGUAAGUCCUGUUAAAAACAGAAAAAUUAUAAAACGACAUAUAUGUCCGAGCUCCGUUCUUUCAAAGUCGAAGGCAAGACUGACGCCCUUACAUUUUGCGAGAAUAAAGAGACUCCGACAGCAAUGAUAAAUGCUGACAAGUAGCACGUAUAAACGUGCAUGCAUUCUCACGCUUUAAUAGCCCUACCAAAUGAAAUGUCCAACAUUUGAGACAUUUACACCAAGAAAACUCAGUUUUGCGAUGUCAGAACGACGCGCGAAGGAAAACUAAAAAAAAAUAUUUUUUAUUAUAUCUGAUGCAAUUAUACUAUUUAAUUGAAACUGACAGAAUUUGGCAAGCCAAAUGCUAUUAGGAAGAUAGAUUCUUUCCUUGACUAAUUGCUGCAUCUAUAUAAAUGUAUUAUAUAAAGAAUAUAUAUGUAUACACAUAUGAGAUAGAAUUUUAUGGGAAGCGGAUAAAAAAACGUAUAACAUAUAUUAAAACGAAAAAAAAGGGGACGAAAAAGGUACACCACAUUAAUUGUGCGAUGUUUGCAAUAUUAUUAUCUUCGUGUGUUAUCCAUUUCGGGAAAUGGAAUUUGUCUGAUUUUAAGCGCCAGGACACAUUAUAUACUAAUGUAUUCAUUUUAACGAACUGACUGAUUUUACUUCUUUUUAACAUUACUACGAUAAUUAUCUCUCCGUUCUACUUUCUUAUUGCCACCGCCGCUAUUGCUACUACUUAUUACUCUAUGUUCUGUCACCAUCGUUUAUUACUAUUCCGGCCGAUAGCUAAUUCGCCACACCAUCAUUCUCAUUAUGUUCAUCAUUGUCUUUACUGCUUGUCAUAUUAUUAUUAUUAUUAUCAUCAUCAUUAUUAUAGUUAUUACUACAAUUAUUACUUUGUAAACUCUUAUUACUGCUACCGUUUACUACCAUUUCUCCGGGUGACCACUAACACCAUUAUUAAUAUGCUUUCACGCUAUUGCUAUUUUUACCCUCCUAUCGUUACGACUGUUUCUACCAUUAUCAUCUAUCAGCUAUGCUAUUACUAUUACCAUUACCCUACUACAAGUAGCCCUCACAACUACUCUUACUAUUAUGAGUACUGCUAAUACUAUAACAUUAUACUCUCCCCGCUAUCGUCAUUAUUACUGUAUAGUUCUCCUUAGAGGAAAUGGAAAAUCAUACUUAAAAGAUAUAAUACACAAUAUUACUUCGUUACAUACACUGAAAGAAAAGGAAGAAAGAAAAGAGACGAAGCGCUGUCGCAUGUACACGUUCUAAAUUCGCCUUCGCAAUCACGAUUGUUGGAGAGAAAAAAGAAUAGGAAAAGAUGACAUGCAGCGGUGUGUAUACUUUGUAGUUUGCGCACAGAUCUCGUGAUUCUUUAUACUUUUACGCGAGGAAGAAGAUAAGGGAGAAAGCGAGAGAGAGAGAGUUACCACGUGUCUCUUCUUUUAAAGUCGCAGUUAACAACUAUAAGUAGAAGAGGAUAGGAAGUACUGAAGGAAAGAAAAAGGGAGUAGGGGAAGAAGGCGAAGAGAUUAUUAAUAAUAAACGGAUUUUUUAAGGCCUUAGAAAGGUAUAUGUCUCGUGCUAACGAACGCUAAGAAGGGUAUAAGACUAAAUAAUUAAAUAUACACAUGUAGCGAAACGAGUCGAGGAAUGCUAGAACUGAAAGAAAAACUUGCAUUAUGCUUUCAUGAUGCGACAUCGAAAUCUGUGGCUUUAAAUUAUAACCGUACACCAUACUAUAUAAAAUGCACUUAUUAGCACUUUAAUCGUAACUACGUCGCGAGUAAAACCGUAGCAUAAUAUUUUUCGUGCAACAAGGUUAGGAAGGAAGAAGGAGAUACGAGAAAGAAAAAAGAUGAAACGGGCGGCGAUGAUUAUGAUGAAAGAACGAGAAACAGAAGUGAAAGAAAAAGGAACAUGUAAAGAUACGGGAAAGAUUAAAUUUAAUAACUAAAUAUAAUAGUAUUAGCGAUAAACUGAUAUAACGUAUCGAUAAACAAUAUAUGAGACAAGCAAACAAAUAAGCAAAAAAAAAAAAACAAAUAUAUAAACGAAAGACUGAACAAUUCACGCGCCGUGAGCCGCGUGGUGAAUUUCGGGCGUUUCUACAUUCGUUUGAUUCUCGAUCAGCUGCACGGCCGCGUGAAUAAAAACAAUUGGAAGACUGUGGAAGGAAAAACCUGUCAAAAUAUUAAGAAUUAGAGAACGAAGCGCGAGAGGAAAGAGAGAAUGAAGACAAAAAAUCGAGUGAAAGAGAAAAUUGGAUGAAAGGGCGGGAGAAGAAGAGAAUACGUUUGUAUGUGCGUGCAUGUGAGAGUAUAUAUCAAGUUAACGAGAGAGUAAUUUGCUAGCUAUAUAUCUAGGUUAUAACGAUUUAUUCUAAUGAUUAUACUCUUAUUAGGAUCAUGAAUCUACGUAAUGGCGCGCGGUGAUUUCUCGGUUAAUUAAUUAGCCUGUUUGAAUGAAAAAAGAAAUCGUCUACACGAAACAGAUUAGAGGAACGAUCAAUCGAUACGAUAUUUUGCGGUGAUCAUUCAUCCCCCAUAUUCUUUCCCCCUUUCUAUAAUUAUGAGGAAAAAAAAAAGAACAAAUUGACGAAAGAAUCGAGUUUCAUAUACGAUUUUACGUAUACGCUCAUCCUAUUCACGUAUACAUAUACACGUACAUAUAGCAUGCAUACAUAAACACUCGUAUACACAAACGGACAUUACGUAUAUCCGACUAGAAUCCCAGAGAUGUUUCGUAUAUAGACAGGAAGGCAAACACGUAAUAAUUUUUCGGGAGAGACGGUCAAAAGCUAGUCAAACGUGAAUACAAUUUCUAAUUUCUACCACUUUUAAAUGUGUAUAGAUAUUAUUUGUACAUUUAAUUGCGCAAAACGGGGAAAGGAAAAAAAAAAAGAAAGAAAAGAAACGAAUGAAGGUUAAAAAGUGAAAGCGAGGGCGAGCGCGCGCGAUUUGAAAUCCUUAAAUGAAAAAAAGAUAAGAAAUGAUAAAAAAAAAAAGAAAGAAGAUAAGAACGAAGAUCGGAGGAAAGAUCUAGAGAGAGAGAGAGAGAGAAGAAAACAGGUGGAGGAAAAAGAUAUAUACGACGACUUUAGCGUUAACGCAUGCAAGAAUAAAAGCUGAAAGACUGCUUCCAAACGACUUCAGGAAAUUCGUUCAACGUAGGAUUUAUUAUUUCAUACUGAAACGCAGUAUCUAAAUAAACGCGAUCAAUUUUAAAAAGGGCAGGACCUGAACUAGCUAAGAAACGCAAAGAGAUAUUAUUCGCAUCGAGCGAACACGCAUGAUGUGUUUAUCAGAAAAAGUUAAAAAAAAAAGGAAAAAAAAAAAGAAAGAGAAGAAGAAGAAAUAGAAAAAUGUAACGGAAGCGUGAUUCUGCCAAAGAUCGACGACCGCUGAAACGAUCACAAACGAACGAGAAAAGAACGAAGAAUACGAAAUCCGAUACGUUUGUCGACGCCCUGUCUUUGUUUAGAAAAUUGUUGUUUGCCAGGUUUCGAUGCUAACGAGCUACGCGAUAUUUCUUGCGAAAGUGACGCUAUGCGAUUCCACAAUUUUAUACCGUGUAUAUUUCAAUAUCAAGGUCACACGGUCGCAUGCAUUAGAUUAUUAGCAGAUUGCGAACGUUUAUUCAGAUUUUUACGAAUACGACUGAACACAGGAUUUACGUUGAAAUUUGUUCUACUUUUUAAAUAUUACGUACUUCGCUAUAGAUAUUUUGUACAUUCAUAUAUAUAUUACUGUAUGCAUUCUUUACGUUUUCAUACGUUUAAAUUUUUCGUAAAUGGAUAAACCUUUGCAAUCUAAUCAUUAAAGUUUGAACCUGUCGAAUCCCAUUGGCGCCACGAUUGCGAACAAAAUCGUCUGCAUUGAAGCCAAUCUUGAUACGAGGCAAAGCAGUUAUGGUGUACAUCACGCGCAUAAACGAGAUACGAAGGGAACGUUGCACUUAUAGUACUUACGCUGUCGUUAUAUAUCGAGUCCACUGUUUGAUCGUGGACAAUAUUCCAUAAAUUUUGCCUCAUAUAGUCGUGAGGGAUAACUGGUGCGGUGGCUUUCGGCAGAAGCACAGCUUACUGCGAUUCGAUAGCAUCGAAUGGAUAAGACGAUGUUAAAUUUAUAUUCUCACCAUUGAAAUUCUGGAGACUUUCGGGUGCAGUGCCUUUUUAAAAGGACGAUUUCCUGGCGUUACUAGAUUUCGUUAUCGGUAUAAGUCGAUUGGAAAAAUAUGAUGUGCGAAUACUUUACCUCCACAUCGUAUAAAAUUGAAGUCACAUUUGAAAAGAAAAAGAACAUUUUUUUAUUUUUAACUUUCUUCUAUAUUUUUUUAUAUAUUCGUAGCAUAGAACAUGUACGUUUCAACGACAUGUUUAAAAUCAAAUUCAACAACGAACACGUAACCAACUGUACUGCCCUCGUCGAUUAAGAACUAUUAUCUCCGAUUUUUAUCUUUACUUCCCUGCGCCGUCCUUUAUCUUUCUUCGUUAAAUAAUAUCGAUUCGAAAAUAUUUAGUAAUUAUAUCCUAAUAGGCUGUAUAUAUAACUUGUUUUAAAAGACACGGGUUGCCUCGAAUAUUUGCAUGUUUUAAAAGAUGGAAAGGAAAAAAGAGGUUAGAUGAAACAUUUUAUUUAAGAAGGGCUCUCUAGUCAUAUAGAACUUCGUAGAUUUGAUAUCCCAGUUAAAUCAAGAGCUAAAAGGCUCCUGAAUAGAAUUUAAAGUAAACAUUUUGGGAACUGAUAGAUCAUAAGGUCGAAAUCGUUGAACCGCGUAUCUCAAAUUUGGUUCAGUUCUCAUAGGAACACGUAGAAUUUAUAUAUAUAUAUAUUAUUUUUUUUAGAUCUUUCAGAUCUUUAGAUCUUUCAGAGCUAGCCAGCUUUGUCAGUAUAUUAUGAAAUUUCUGAAAAAGUUGGCUGUAACGCUAUCAAAGAAUUCUUCUAAAAGGAUGCUCUAUACACGCGGAAAAUGCUUUGGUAAUUUCGAUCGGUAAGAAAUCAAUUUGUGAAAGCUUCGAAUUCUCCGAUAUUUGUACCAGCCAGAGUUGUGCAAAGAUGGCGGCCAAGAUGACAGGCCGUCGCAUUAUAGAUGCGCAGACGUUUGACACUCGACGAUCAGUCGCCAUGCUUAUCCAUUCGUUGCAUUUGCUUUUAAUCCGCUUCAGAGAUUAUGAUCUCUUGUACCGGCGCGGGGACAAAUGAGUUAUUAAAACGCUAUAUAGCACAGGAUAUACUCUUUGGCCGGAUGCUUGCGUUUCAGGUGAUCGACUACUUAGAACUCAACUGCGGAUUUUUAUGCAUCUACAGGAAAUGUAAAGGCGCGAAAAUACACAAAAUGUACAUGUACAAUAUAUUACAAUAUUUCAUAGUUGAAACGAUUUUCUAAUUAACGUUCCGUUCUUCUGAUUAUAUUAAUAUGAAAAUAUGAAUUUGCAUAAAUAUCCGUAGUCUACAUACUUAGAGCGUACGCGUAGUAUGUAUCUCGAUAAGUUCGAGAUUACAAAAAAAAAAAAAGUGAGAACAUGUAGCCGAAGAACUCAUCGUCUCGAAGGACGUAAGUAAUGGAAGAAAUUAAAUUUUCGCUAACAGCGUAUAUAUUAAAGAAAGGAACAAAAAAGAAAGCGAACGAAAAAGAGCAAGUUUCCGGCCGAAAUAAAGCGUCAUUGACGAUAACCCAGGUAGCAAAAUAAACAACCAUCGACUGACAUUUGCUUCGACGAGAGAAAGAAGCUAGGCAAAAACGGAAGAUGCGCUUUAGAAACGCGUUUAUACGGAAUAGAAGCAACUGAAAGAAUAGAAAGACGAUCUGUGUGUAAUCACGCGUGAAAAUGUAACGCCUCUUCGUGUUGGAAGGGCUUCUGCUCUUUUUUUAGGUGUGCUUUGGCCGGCGAACGCGACUAUUUGACAUGUUUCAAUUUUAACAAGUUCGUGUACGAAGCACGUUGAAUGUGUUUAGCUUUUUGUAUCUUGUCGAUUGCGUUCGAUUCGGUCGUUUAUGCAUUACGGUUCGAACGAUACGGAACAUUUCUCUUUUCUUUUUCUUUCCUUUCUUUUCUCGUUGUUGUUUUCUCUUCGAUUCUCCUGUUUCCAAAUCGCGCGUAUGUGCGUGACACGAGACGACGUAUCGACUCGGACGAAGUUUCGAGUAGCAAAUUCAGCGAACCGUAAAGCAAACGCCGAUUCUAUUCUGGUAUUAAACAGGAGAGACAGAGAAUUCGUCGAUAUUUGACGAGAUAGAUACACAUUGUAGAUGAAUUUAUCGAUCCGAUUGAUUUAUCGAAGGUGGAUGAAUUCCAUUUGAGACUGGUAUGUUGCGUUUUGGCCAAAGAAUGCCUCUGCUAUACACGGCGCCUUCUGUUAAUUAUUAAGAGACGUAGCUUUUGAAUUAUCAGAUUGCUAACUGGGAUAUUUUAGUCACGUAAGCUGGAUAACUUGUAAAAAUGCAAUUUUUGUACUGUUAUAACGUUAAAUAGACGAAGGUAUACUGACGUUGUAGCGUGAAAGAACAUUUUUCAAUAAAAAAUUUUUCAUACGCAAACAA